AGGUUGUAAAGUGUGAGAACUCUGAUCUGUUGUGGACUUUAUGAGAAUUGUGUUAGAGUUUACACACAGACACACCUGAGACUGAGUGUCUGUCUGUUCCUCUGGACAUCAGCAUGGAUUUAAAGAAGAGAAAGAAAGUUGUGCUGAUUUCAGUGCUGUUGUCCGUCUCUGUGGUCACAAUCAUAUUAGGUUUGGGUUUGGGUCUCGGCCUACAGCUACAGAACUGCAAGAAUAAAGAUGUGUUGAUGUCAUGUAGAAACCGCUGUUAUGAACCAUUGAAUGAGAAGUCAGUCUGUCGAUGUGAUGCUCAGUGUGUGACCAGUAACAACUGUUGCUAUGACUACCAGGAGAUUUGUCUCCAGCCCACUCAGAGCUGGGAAUGUUCAUCUAUCCGAUGUGGAGAAAGUCGUCUGUCUAACAGUAAAUGUCACUGCUCUCAUGACUGCAUCACUGCUGGAGACUGCUGCUUUAACUAUAACAUCAUCUGUAAAGGAGACACAGAAUGGGUUCAAGAUGAAUGUGUUAAUAUGAUCUCACCUCAAUGUCCAGCCAGUUUUCAGCGGCAGCCGUUGUUGCUGGUGUCUCUAGAUGGGUUAAGAGCUGAAUAUCUACAGACGUGGUCUACAUUGGUGCCAGUACUAGACAAGAUAAGAAAGUGCGGGACAUCCUCACCGUUCAUGCAGGCUGUUUUUCCCAGUAAAACUUUCCCCAAUCAUUACUCAAUAGUCACAGGUCUGUAUGCUGAGUCACAUGGUCUGGUGGAUAAUAACAUGUAUGAUCCUGUGUUUGAUGCAUCAUUCAGUUUGUCCAACAGUGAGAAAGACAAUCCAAGAUGGUACCAAGGACAACCGAUAUGGCACACAGUGAAGUAUCAGGGGUUAAAAGCAGGAACGUUCUUCUGGCCCGGAUCUGAUGUAGCCAUAAACGGCAGUUAUCCUGAUAUCUACAUGAAAUAUGAUGGUAAGGUACCAUUUGAGGAACGAGUCCUAACAGUUCUAAAGUGGCUGCAGUUACCGGAGGAGAAACGUCCAGACUUUUUAACUCUCUAUCUGGAGGAACCGGACUCAUCUGGACAUGAAUUUGGACCGGUCAGUGGAGGGUUGAUCGCAGCUCUACAGGCUGUGGACAGAGUGAUCGGUCAACUGAUGAAUGGACUUAAACAACUCAAUCUUCAUCAGUGUGUCAACAUCAUCAUCAUCGCAGAUCAUGGUAUGGAGGAAACCAGCUGUGAUCGUAAGGAAGUUCUGCAGGAUUUUGUAGGUGAUAUAAAUCAUCUGUAUGUUAAUGAGGGACCAUUCGGACGAAUCCGAGCUAAAGAUAAAGCACACACGUUGGACGCUGCUGGACUUGUUGCUAAUAUGACAUGUAAACGCACAGAGCAGCAGAUAAAGCCGUAUCUGAAAUAUCACCUGCCCAAGAGAUUACACUACGCCAACAACAGACGAAUCGAAGACGUUGCCGUUCUCGUGGAGCCACGCUGGCUGUUUGAGAGACGUCCAGGAUCUCUCACUUUCUGCUCAGGAGGAACUCAUGGAUAUGACAAUGAUGUCUACAGCAUGCAGGCUGUGUUUCUCAGUUUAGGACCAAAGUUCCUCUUUCAGACAGAAGUGGAUCCGUUCUCUAACAUUGAACUGUAUAACCUCAUGUGUGAUGUGCUGGAUAUCACUCCAUCCCAUAAUAACGGUACUCAUGGUAGUCUGAACCACCUGCUGCGUGCACCACCGCACUCCCCUCAUCACCCCGAGGAACAGAGCGGACCGGGCCGAUGUCCUCUGAACAGCCUGGAGCCCACACAUCCGCUGGGCUGCAGCUGUCCUGCACUGAAUGGAAGUAACCCCAACUCACAACUCAAUCUCACAGACGCACAAGUGGCAGACAGUGAAAGGCGACACAUGUUAUUUGGGCGGUUGCGGGUUCUACAGAAGGAUGUUAAAUACUGUAUCCUGAAUCAGCGUGGAUUUAUCUCAGCCUAUAAUAAACACACACACACACCAAUGUGGAGUACAUUUACUGUGAACAAACCGGUUGAGGGGAGUUCUUCAUCUCCGAUGAUCUCAGAUUGUCUCAGAGCAGACGUCAGGAUUCCAGCCGAUCAGAGCGCUACAUGUGAGCAGUACAAUAAUGCUGGCAACAUCACACACGCUUUCCUGUACCCACCCAAUCUGAACAGUUCAUCUGAAGAACAGUUUGAUUCUCUGACUCUCAGUAAUGUCGUGCCCAUGUACCCACAGUUCAAGAAAGUGUGGCAGUAUUUUCAGGAGGUUUUAUUGCUGAAAUACGCAUGGCAGUAUAACAGUAUUAAUGUAGUCACCGGACCUGCUUAUGAUUAUGACUAUGAUGGACGCUUUGAUACUCCAGAACAAAUACAACAAUUUGUCUCAGGUACGAGCGUGCCAAUCCCCACACAUUAUUUUGCGGUUCUCACGAGUUGUGCAGAUGUCAGACAGACAGUUAGCGAGUGUAAUGCAGAACUACAGACGGUUUCUUUCCUGAUACCUCACAGACAUGAUCAUUCAGAGAGCUGCUCUAAUGAUCAACCUGAGUCACAGUGGGUGGAGCCUCUCCUCUGGAUGCACCAAUCACGUGUGAGAGAUGUUGAAUGGAUCACUGGAUUGGACUUUUUUCAAGACAGCAUCCGACCAAUCCCUGAGCUCCUUCGUCUUAAGACCCGCCCCACUGCUGCUAUUCAUCCCAAACCCUGAAGAAGCACUUUCUUCUGUCAGACACUGACCCGUGUGUGAGAUGAGUUUGUUAUUAUUUGGAUUGAUGAAGAGAGGACAUCAGUGCAUCUGGUCUUACAUUAAAACUAAUGAACUGCUCUCAUGAUAAAAACAUCAGCUUCACUUUCACUAUAACUCUGUCAGACUGAGAUUGUUUAUCUCUACUAGAACUGACGUACACACUUUCAUUAAAACAAACUUUCUCUUUCAUUGAUGGAUUUGGCCCAUAAAAACAUCUCAUCUAUUUAGACAGCAACUCUCCUUAUUGCUCACUGACAAAACACAUUAUACACACACACACACACACACACACAACUAGCCACACAAAGAUCAUGUGUUUGAUCCCAGAAACACACACACAUAUAUGUAUAGAUUGAAUCGACUGUAAGUCUCUUUGGAUAAUGUGAUGAUGUGAGAGAGAAAGACAGAUAAAACACUGAAACAUCUCCACAGAGAAACCUCGGACCGCUUCAAGACUAAUCAUAACUGUUUUAAAUAUGCUAAUUGUUCUUCACUUAACUUAAACACAGAUUACUGCUUUAACUAAUAGUGCUGAACUCAAUGAUGACACACUGAAGCUAAUGACAUUAUAAUAACACUUCUGCUUUCACUCUUAAUAUAGACAAACAUCAGUGUUUUUGUUUUGAGAUGCUCAUAUGACUCUUCACAUGUUUAUUGUUUACUCACAGCCCGAGGUUCCAGUCAGGUCAUUAAUGUUUUUAUUUUGACAAACACAGUCUGACACAUAAUAAACAACACUUUACACCAGUAUUUUACUCAGGAAAAUCUCAUUUACUCUCAUUUAAAAUCACACAAACACACACAGCCGCAAGGUCUCCCUCUCUGCCGUGCGCAUAUUCACACAGCUUUUCAAAAACCGGGACAAUCACUGUCCCGGGAGAGUUGAUACAUUUCCUGGGACAGGUUAUUAAAAAGAAGGACAACCCUAACCCUAGGGUGGCAACCCUAACACACACAUACACGCACAAACAAACAAACACACACACACACACACACACACACACAAACACAUACACACACAAACACACAUAUAGUGAUAUUAACACUAGUGAUUUCAUACAAUAUGUACUGAUAAUUUAUUAAAAAAUUAUGAAAGAUUGACUGAAAAAGCUGUCAGUAGAUUUUGGAAACACAUUCUGUAAAUGUUUGUUCAUAUCCUCAACAUGGUGAAAUAUUUGCUGAUAUUUGUACAGAUAUGUAAGAGAAAAUAAAAUGCAGCAUAAAGUUAAAACAACUUGAAUCUUCAACGUACUAUUUUAAGUUUUGUCUUGUGAAAGGUUGACAUAAUCAACUUGAAAUAGUUUAACUUUAACAUAAAAAUAUAUGUUGAUUUGACAAAAAUGCUGCACAUUUGUUACAGUGUUGAAACUGAGUAAACUCAUCACAUGUAAAAUAAUACGAGUCAUAAAAAUACAAAACAUCAGUUUGAGGGAAGCUGAGUGAUGUGACAGAAACAAAAACUGAGAAACAUGAUGGAAAUAAAGAAUAAAUGAUUCAUGUUCAUUCCCAGCAAGGAAAAACCAAGACGAAAUGACAGCUAACUGUAGACCCAAUAUAGUCCGGCUAUACAAACCAAAUAACCAUGAAUGUGGUUAAACACCAUUUUUGCCAAAAUAACUUGAAGAUGUUUAAUCAUGUAAGCAAAGUCAACAGGUGUUUAUGGUGUUUGCUUUCAUUUCUUUUAAUGUUUUAGGCGUAUAUACGCAUCAUUGAUUCUUGGGCUAUAGACGUCUAUUAGACUUGACACUGAAAGCCCAAAUUUAACCUCGUUUUAGCCUAAAUUGCUUGCUGGGUAAUUAAGCCAUCAGAUUCUUUAAAAAGGUUCUGUAAAUCUUACAGUUGUUUAAGGUGACAGAUCUGAGAUCAG